GGGGGAACGGACCGGAAGUGACGCGGUGAGUUCCGGUUGGCCGGAGCCCAGCGGCGGGUGUGAGAGUCGGUGCCGGGAGCCGCUUCCAGGAUCCGGAGAUCCGGAGAAGCCGGGGUCUGAGCGGCUCCUCCAGAGUUAUUGAUCUAUGAAAUGGCAGAGAAUGGAAAAAACUGUGACCAGAGACGUGUAACAAUGAGUAAGGAGCAGCAUAAUGGGAGUUUCCCAGACCCCUCUUCAGUACAUGAGAAAAAGAAAAGGGAUCGGGAAGAAAGACAGAAUAUUGUCCUGUGGAGACAGCCGCUCAUUACCUUGCAGUAUUUUUCUCUGGAAACUCUUAUAGUUUUGAAGGAAUGGACCUCAAAGUUGUGGCAUCAUCAAAACAUGGUGGUGUCUUCUUUACUGCUGCUCGCUGUGCUUAUAGCUACGUAUUGUGUGGAAGGAGCACACCAACAGUAUGUGCAGCGGAUAGAGAAGCAGUUUCUUUUGUAUGCCUACUGGAUAGGCUUGGGGAUUUUGUCCUCUGUUGGUCUUGGAACAGGAUUACACACCUUUCUGCUUUAUCUGGGCCCACAUAUAGCUUCAGUUACAUUAGCUGCUUAUGAAUGCAACUCAGUUAAUUUCCCUGAGCCACCGUAUCCUGACCAAAUUAUCUGCCCAGAUGGAGACAGCACUGAAGGGACAGUGAGUUUGUGGAGCAUCAUCUCUAAAGUUAGAAUUGAAGCCUGCAUGUGGGGCAUUGGUACAGCCAUUGGAGAGCUGCCUCCAUAUUUCAUGGCCAGGGCAGCUCGCCUCUCAGGUACUGAACCAGAUGAUGAAGAGUACCAGGAAUUUGAAGAAAUGCUGGAACAUGCAGAGGGUGCACAAGACUUUGCAUCACGGGCAAAACUGGCAGUUCAAAGCCUAGUACAGAAAGUUGGAUUUUUUGGAAUUUUGGCCUGUGCUUCUAUUCCAAAUCCCCUGUUUGACCUGGCUGGAAUAACAUGUGGGCACUUCCUCGUACCGUUCUGGACCUUCUUUGGUGCAACCCUGAUUGGAAAAGCAAUCAUUAAAAUGCAUAUCCAGAAAAUCUUCGUUAUAAUAACUUUCAGCAAGCACAUCGUAGAACAGAUGGUGGCUUUCAUUGGUGCUGUCCCCGGCAUAGGUCCGUCUCUACAGAAGCCUUUUCAGGAGUACCUGGAGGCCCAACGGCAGAAGCUCCACCACCACAGCAAAGUGGGCUCCCCACAGGGAGAAAACUGGUUGUCCUGGAUGUUUGAGAAGCUGGUCGUUGUAAUGGUGUGUUACUUUAUCCUGUCUAUCAUUAACUCCAUGGCACAAAGUUAUGCCAAACGAAUCCAGCAGCGCUUGAACUCAGAGGAGAAAACUAAAUAAGCAGAGAAAGCUUUUUAUCUGCAGAAGUUAGCAUGGAGGGGUCCUGCUUCACAAUGGGAGGGCUCUAACAAGGAAGGAAGAUUCCCUUUUCCAUCCUGUAUUGAUUUUUAAAACAUUCUUCCUGAAGCAGUUUAGUCCAUAUUUUACACUGGCAUACUUUUCCUUUAUGUGUUAAGGUAAGGUCUUCACCCUCCGUUCAAUCCACAUGUAUUUUGUUAGGGUGGAUAUGAUACCCUGCUGCAGACUCAACAAAGAUUGGCCUUCUGCUACUUUCAAAGGGCCCACGUGGUACAAUUGGAGAACCCCUGCCACACAAAAUGUUCUAAAGUAUGUUAAAUAUGGCAGGCUUCUUAGGCUUGUCACAAAUGAUUGUUUUUUCUAAGUCAUCAAAUGUAUAUAAGUUACUAUAUAUUGGAUAGCAGUCUUGCAUGUCUAUCAUGGAACAAUUUAAUAUGCCUUCCUUUCCCACCCUCAAAAAGGCCAUUUUAUGAUGCAUUGCACACCCUCUGGGGAAAUUGAUCUUUAAAUUUUGAGACAGUAUAAAGAAAAUCUGGUUGGUGUCUCACAAAUGAGCACACCAUUUUUUAUUCUGUAUAUUUAGAAUGAAGUCGUGAAAAACUUUAUAAAGACAUCUUUGAUCAUUCUGAA